CUUUUGCAUAGAUAACGGUUUAUUUAUCUUUUUUAGUAGAUACUUUCAUUAAAUGUCUGUCCCCCAUAUCCAAAUGUUAAACCAAAACUAAUAACUGCAUGUUUUCGUUCUUUCUCUCUCAGAUUGUUGAGACCGGCAAGGAGUCUCUACCAAGAUGGCUGAAGUGGAAAGCGGCCAGCCGGACGCUACAGGGUCUCCCUCUGGAGGAAGACAGGGGCGUCUACUACAUCUCCGUCUCCGUCUCCAACCACACCGAGACCUCCUCGCCCUCCCCCACAGAGUUCUUCUCCGUGGAGGUGCACCCCGAAGACUUCCUGGACGUGGACCCGAGCCAGCUGGCGCUGAACCAGGCCAGCGGCGUGGACGACAGCGGCCUGCCGUUUGUCUGCGGCAAUGAGGAGCCCGUGACAGUGCUGACGGUCAUCCUGGACGCCGACCUGACCAAGAUGAGCUCCGAGCAGCGGGUGGCCCUGCUGGCCGACAUGAGGAGCUUCUCGGGCGUGGAGCUCCAGAACAUGAGGAUCCUCCCCGUGGUGAACAACCGGCUGUUCGACAUGUCCGCCUUCAUGGCGGGGCCGGGAAACGCCAAGAAGGUGGUGGAGAACGGAGCUCUCGUGUCCUGGAAACUGGGCUGCUCCCUGGACCAGGGCAGUGUCCCGAACAUCCACAGCGUCCAGAAGCCGGCUAAAGAAGGCGCCAUGUCGGCCAAGCUGGGCUACCCCGUCGUGGGCUGGCACAUCGCAAACAAGAAGCCCCACAUCCCCAAGCGGGUCAGGCGCGCCCUGAACAACACCCCGACACCCCUGUUGACCGUGGUCCCCCCGACCAGCGUCGUGGAGCCCCCGGUGAGGAUCGUCCCGACGCUGUCUUCUCCCGCCAUCGCCGGGCCCACCGACAGCUCCGCCCCCCCCGUGAGAGGGCCCGUCCCCCUGCCUGGCAAACCCACCAUCCGGAUCCGGGACUCCGUGGUCCACACCCCGACGGUGGUCCCGCCUCUGCCGACCAGAGUGAUGGAGACCACCAGCUCUGUUCUCAUCCAGCCCACCAUGACCCGGCCUACGUUCGUGGAGGCCACGGCCACCCCGGCCCCUCCGAGGAAGCCCACCAAGAAGCCCAAGAAGCCCAAGACCACCCCUGUCCCGAGGGAACCCAAGGUGACCACGAUGAAGCCGACCAGGCGCACCACCCCGUCGUCCGGCAUCGCGCCCGAUCCCAACAACGAGAAGCCCGUCCUGCGUAACCCCAUCGACCAGGUCAACGCCCUGGUGGGCACCUACUUCGAGGUGAAGAUCCCCUCGGACACGUUCUUCGACAAGGAGGACGGCACCACGGACAAGCUGCGUCUGACGCUGAGGCAGAACCACAACGAGGUGGUGGGCGAGGACUCCUGGAUCCAGUUCAACACCACCAGCCAGCUGCUCUACGGCCUGCCGGAGGCCCAGCACAUCGGCAAACACGAGUACUUCAUGCAGGCGGCGGACAAAGGCAGCCUGAACGCCAUCGACGCCUUCGAGGUCCGGGUGAACCGCUGGCCCGCCAACGACAAGAGCCCCGUCACGUUCACGGUCCGCCUGGACGGCGAGCCGCGCUCCGUGACCAACGACAUCCACAAGAAGAUCCUGCUGGUCAAGAGGCUGGCGUACGCGCUGGGAGACCGCAACAGCAGCACGGUGAGCCUGAGGAACAUCACCAAGGGCUCCAUCGUGGUGGAGUGGACCAACAGCAGCCUGCCGCAGUACCCCUGCCCCCGCGAGCAGAUCACCAUGAUGAGCCAGAAGCUGGCCGACGCCGACGGAAGGCCUGUCCAGAGCUUCAAGAACGCCAUGAGCCCCGAGUUCAGACCGCUGGACGUCAAGGUGAGAGGGAGGGCCAGCUGCAAUACCUACUCCUUCAUCCCACCGGGAGAGAUCGACAUCCCCGAGCCCGCUGCCGUGACGCCGGCCCUGGGCACGGGUCGCCAGAGCACGGACGACGUCUACCUGCACACGGUCAUCCCCGCCGUGGUGGUGGCGGCCAUCUUGCUCAUCGCCGGCAAUGCCAUGAUCUGCUACCGCAAGAAACGGAAGGGCAAGCUGACCAUCGAGGACCAGGCCACCUUCAUCAAGAAGGGCGUGCCCAUCAUCUUCGCCGAUGAGCUGGACGACUCCAAGCCCCCGCCCUCGUCCAGCAUGCCGCUGAUCCUGCAGGAGGAGAAGCCCCCUCCCCCCCCGGAGUACCCCAACAUGGCCUCCCCCGAGACCACCCCCCUCAACCACGAGAUGCUGGGGGAGUACACCGCCCUGAGAGAUGAGGACCCCAACGCGCCGCCGUACCAGCCCCCUCCCCCCUUCACCACCCCCAUGGAGGGAAAGGGGUCCCGGCCAAAGAACAUGACCCCCUACAGAUCGCCACCCCCCUACGUGCCCCCCUAAGAGCCGCCCGGCCCUCUACCCCCUGGGGGGACGAGGGACAGGACGCCUGAGGGGCUGGGACGGCCUCCUCGCGGAUGGCUCUUUUUAGAUAUGUAGGACGGGAGGGUUGAAAGAGGUGCUAAAACAACCACAUGGUAAACAUGGACUAAUCUUUGGAAAGGGGAAUACGAGAAGUACGUCGGGAGGGAUUUUACAAACGACCGAUGGACUGAUCUGGGGACAAAUACGAGCUGGUGAAAGACUACUGUUGAAGUACUGGCCCCGGCCACUACGGCAGCCUGCAGAGGACAAACUGCUUUGUGACACACUUUGCUCGCAGGCUUUGUGGCUGGACAGUGGCUACAGUUGGGAGAAGGGACAAGCUCUCUCUGGCCACAGAAAUGUCAUUUCUUUCCCCCAUGGGUUCUCUUUUUUAAUCCUGGCUUUAUUAUAUUUUUUUCCUCCCUUCUUUUCUGUUUUACCCAUCCUCCCCAAUCACACCCCAAGGACAGACUGCUUCCACCUAACACUUCUCCCUUUGUCUUGUUUGGAGAAAUAUGAAGAGACAAUGGCCAGCCACCAGCCCACUGCAGGCACAAGUGUUUUUUAAUAAUGAGCGCCGGAAUAUCAGAGAGAGCCCUUAUCGUGGGAAUCUCAACUCACCUGCAGACGACGAGGCAAAGAGAGGGCUGCGUGUGCGUGCUUUAAUGUGUGUAUGUGUGUGUGUGUGUGUGUGUGUGUGUGCGCGUGUGCAUGUGCUCACGUGUGUUUAUCAAUCUCAGUAUGGUUUGCCUUUUAACUCGAGCUGUCCAUUGGUUUCCUUUAUCACACUGUCUAGUAACAUCAAGAAUAACAGUGGUAGCCUGAAAAUAAUUAGUAGAAAUUCAUAAAUAAAUGAUUUUUGAUUUUAGUUUGCUUUGUUAGUUUUAAAGAAAAACACUGUAUAUCUGGAAGAUAGAUAGAUAGUGGUAUAUUUUAGGGGGGUUGUAAGAGAGGAAAGAGGAAAUAAUAUUGUAGGCCUCAGAGAAUUAACCUGCAGGACUUCUUGUUUUCCGAUAAGCCAAAUCGUUCUGAAACACGCAUGGCUGUCAUGUCGGGUCUAUGACACCUAUCCGCUUAUUGUUUGUUUAUGUUUUUAUUUGCCUUCCAUCUCCUGGACAAGAUAGGGCUGGGGGUUAGAUCUAUGUAUGCAUGAUCUACAUUUGUCUGAGGUCUCGUUCACACCAGGACGUUCUAUGAAAACAAUGCUUUUGUUGAAAUCUUUAUUUAACCGAUUUAAAUGUCAAAUCACAACCUACUGACAAGUCAACCGAGCCUUUUGAUUGGUUGACGUAUGCGUAUCUCACCUGGUUUGAUUAAAGGUCUCUCGAUAACAAUAACAAAGGCCGUCUGCUCGCGAGCAUCGACCGCUGAUCGCACCGUAGCAGCAACGCGCGGCCACCAUUAUGCCUUUCGGUUUUUAGUGUCUUUUGCUUUAUAGUUUUUUUGCAUUUCCAGAGUAGCUCUUCACGUGCACGGGAGGGGGAGAGCUAUACGUCUAUUUUAGGACAGCGAUAAUUAUUUUUGUAUGUAACGAGCCGGUGGGGAAGGCUACCCUGAAGGGGAUGGUUCACAUAUUCACAUCUGAGAGGUCACCCACGGCUGCAGGGAGGGGCUGAGACAGAGACCAGGAGGGAAAGAAAGGAGUAAUGUCUGCACAAGAUAUUAUCACCAGAGCAGGGGGAAAACACACUGAAAAAUCUCUAAUUUUUUUACAAAGUUUUUGAUACAACCUUCAAAUUUGUUUAAUUAUGAAAGAAAUAAAAAAAAAACACAGUUGAUUAGUGUUCUGCAAUUUGUAAAAAUCUUAGUGUAGAGAGGAUUGAUUCACUUAUUUACACAUAUUUUUGAGUUGUCCUCAUGAUUCACAUAUUUGAAAUGUUUUAUUUUUAAAAAAAAAUGUACGUGUUUGCGUGUGUGCGUGCGUGUUUGCAUAUAAAAACGUAACUCCGGCUCUUUAAGAAAAAAAGGUUGGAACGACCCAUGUUUUAUGUAACCACACAUCUCAUUUUAUUUCAUUUCUUUUUUUUCCGUUCAUUUCAUUAUUGUUUGCCGGUGAGUUUCGAACUGACCCUUUGCAAUAACGAUCGUCCGAGCAGACGUCUGCCCGGGCGGGGUGGUCCCUCGUGUGGUCUGGGUUCCACCGCCCAAUGCCAACCGUUUUUUUCCUUUCCUUUGCUUAUUAAGUGUGCAUUGUCAUAAUAAAACAAAACUGGUACUGAGAACGAAACCCCUGAGCAUUUGUCGUCUGUUUAUGCAUUCACAAGACAAGAGGAGGAAACAAAACGCGGGCUCGUCCCAACAAACGUUUGAGGACAACACGUCCUCCCCUAGCUCUCCAGAGAACCAGCAAUGCUACGAUAGUAAUGAGAACUGCAGACAUCAAUCUCAGAAAAACCUCAGUAACUCACAUUAUUCAAAUCUUCAAAACGAAUAAUAUAUGUGUUUAUAUACCCAGUAUGAGAGGAAUGGAAACGCAGAAUGGAUGGAAAUUAUAGAUUAGGCUAAAGUUAUCGAAGAUCAAAGCUAGAAUAUUAAAAUCAUACAGUAUUGACAGUGUCUAAAGUGAUACAAGUCGAACCACUACCUCUUAACCAAUGUUAGGGCUUAAGUCCUGCUCCACCAAGGAAGUGGGGGAACAGGCAUCACAAGUCAACACAUGAUUGAUGCUGUGUGAAGGUGCCGUUUCAUCACUGUCAUG